UUUUUAGUUCGGGAUUUUUUAGUAAAUUUUCCCUUUAUUUUCGGAAGUCCCACGCGUGGGACGUCCGGCGUUUCUAUUUGUGAGCACCGAUUUAUUUUUAGUUAUUGCCAAAAGUUGGUAAUAUUUAUUUCCUCAAGAUGAGAAUAAGUUACUUUGUAAUAAGAUAUUUCUAAGGUAUGGAAAAACCUGCUCGUUACAAAGCAAAAAAUAAAAAGCCUGCUACCAAGCCGAAGACGACAAAGAAACGUAAAAGUGAUGGACCAACGUGCUCGAUGUUUCUGGCAGAACUCACGAGAAAAUUGGCUUCUAAAAAGAAGCAAGAAGCCGAAUCACCGAAAAAUAUAGUGCAAACCAUAAUAGACAGCAUCACAAAUGCUUUGCCUAUAAAAUUCUCAAAAAAAUCGCCACAAAAGAAGGAGUCGCCUAUGAAAAUUGAAACAUUGCAAACAUUUGCACCUGAACUUUUACCGAAUGAUGUACUAGACAUUCCCGCUCCUGUUGCCAAUGCCACUACUGCCGCUGCUAGUGAACCAGUACCAGUAUCAGAAGAACACCAUAAACCAGCCUUCAAGAUGCCGAAAAUGCCGGUCGUUAGUAGUGAUGUGCUGAAAGUAGCUGCAAGGAGAAGAGUUCCUACUGAAGACGCAGCUGUAAAUACAGGGGGCGACCACGAUGUAGCAAAUGAGAUUACGAAGUAUGUUGGAACUCUAAAAAAGAUUUCCUUGAUUGCUGAAGAGUUCAAUCAGAAAACUGCUAAAAAUCUCAAGGAAAUAGUAGACAGUGUUCAAGAAGAUCUCAUCAAGAAGUUAGAAGAAAUUCAAGCAGAAAGAAAAGCUUCUCUCCGAGUCGAGAAACCAGUGCAAAUCGAUGACCAACCAGAGGCAAUGGAAGAAGAAUAAAACACUGGCAGAUUUUACAAGAAUACAACAUCAUGGUUGACAUUUCAAACU